AUGCUGGGAAUGGAAGAUACUGUGAGAGAGAAAAAUAAAGCGUGUAAUGUAGUGUCGUUGGUGAGGGUGACAUUUAUACAGGCUAACGAAGGAGGAGCAGUAAUUGCUAUUCUAACGCUUCUCGAGGGAUUUCAUCCACAAACUCAAAGCCCGUUUUUUGAUCGCACCCCUACUUUUCCCCCUCCAAUAUCUGAUGCAAACCAUCGCUUAUACGCAUUUCUGUGUUUGCCCACUACGCUAUUGAUUCGCCCUUACACUUCCACUGUGUUGGGAUUCGCCUUUUUUCGUUAG